GUGCGAGAAUACGCGUACGUGUUGCUCAAGGAGCAGAAGAGAUUGGGUUUUUCAUUCGAGGAGACGGGACGGCGCGUGUAAAUGUUGCGCUCGUACGCAGUGGCAAGUGGAGCGAGUUUGCACGGGUUGCCGGCAAGUGUAGAAAAGCGACACGUGACUGUUUAUUCUCGCGCCAAAGCUCGCGUGAUUUCUUCAAAGGCCGCUGCCAUACUCUGUAAUCGUCGUGCGUUUCCUUCGGAGAAUAUUAAUUUCUAAUUGAAGCUCGCGCCGAAGCAAUUUUCAAGCUCGUUGCGUCACUACGCUUCGUCCUAACUCCGCAGAUCAUGUCGAAGAAGAUCAUUUGCUUGUUCGACGUCGACGGCACGCUGACCGAGCCGCAACAGAUUAUCUCGCAAAGCCUGGAUCAAUAUAUUCAGGAUGAGUUGUCGAAGCUGUUCGACGUGGCUGUUGUCGGUGGCUCGGACUUUGCAAAAAUCAAACGUCAACUUGGAGACAACGUUUUGAAGAAGUACAGCUACGUUUUCGCCGAAAAUGGACUGAUUGCUUAUAAGGAUGGCACCAAGCUUCCUACGGAGACUAUUCAAAGCAUAUUAGGAGAAGAGACACUUCAAGAAUUCAUCAACUUCGCUCUGCUCUACAUAUCCAAGCUACAAUUGCCUUUCAAGCGAGGAACCUUCAUCGAAUUCCGAACGGGGAUAGUGAACAUCUCUCCCGUCGGUCGUAAUUGCACGCACGAGGAGCGCUUGCAGUUCUAUGAAUACGACAACGAACAUCAUGUGCGAGAAAAGUUUAUUCAAGCUCUGAAGAAAGAAUUUCCAAAUUUAGCCCUUACCUAUAGCAUAGGUGGACAAAUUUCAUUCGAUGUUUUCCCGAACGGUUGGGACAAAACGUACUGUUUACGUCACAUCCAAGGUUACGAAGAGAUCCACUUCUUUGGCGAUAAAACGUUAGAGGGUGGCAACGACUACGAAAUAUACGAGAGCGAUUUGACUGUAGGUCAUCGAGUAAACGGUCCGGAUGAUACCUUGAAGCAACUUAAAGUACUGGUCAAUCUUAUCGAUGAAAAACGAGGCAAAGAGCAGCUAAAUGUACCUAUGCAAUGCGUUUAAUUAAAAUGUCAUUGAAU